UUUUUUUCUUUCCAGGUAAACCAGAUUUUUAUCAAGACAGAGACCCCAUGAGGGUCUCAAUAAGUCGAGAACAAAGUUUCCUUGGGAGCCCACUAGCCCGUGAUCCAUUUGGUUGUCCUCACCCAGUUGCCCAGGAAAAUGUUGGUGACGAUGACUGUAAUGAAGCAGUGACAGUCAAGGAGUCUUUUGUUGAAAACCAUUCGGUAUUAAGCCAUGCUGUGGAGGAAGAAGACUAUACACAUCUGGGUCUAACUGUGAAGCCAGGAAAUAAGGCUGAAACACAGGAGAUUUCUCAUGAGCCAUUAUCUUCAGUAACCGUUUCUACUGGGAGCUUUUUAAGUUAUGAAAACAUAGAUUUGAGCCUUACAGAUCCAGAGUCAUUUUCAGAGCACUUGGGCGAUAAGGAACAAGAAUCUACCAUCAGUAAAGAAGAGGAAACAAAUAUUUUAAGUUCUGUAGCUCCUUCAACACGAGUUAUUUGUCAACAGCAGAACACUUCAGGUGUUUAUAAAUCUUUGUUGCCUGCAGUGGAAGAAUUUACAUCUGGUCACACACACUUUCAGCAGAUCAUAGACAAGUACAUAAAUGAAGCAAAUUUGCCUGAAAAAACAGACUUGCAGGAAUUGGAAUACAUUUUUCCAAAUUUGCAUCAUCAGCUGUUUAAGCCCUUGGAACCACAUCCAGAUUUUGAUUUAUCAUCAUCAUCCUCUGGGAUUUAUCAAGACAACAGAGACUUCUGCCAGAGCUCAGAUUCUUCAUCUCAACGCCACCAUGCUACAGGAUCAUCCAAAAGUACAGUUUCUUUCACAGCACUGAGGACCAGCCUGCAUUCUUCUUUUAACACAAACCUGCACCAGCAACCUGACACUAACUUGGCUUGUGCUGCAGCUCAGAGUUUUGAUACAGAAAAUAUUAUUGAGGGAUCUGAACAAUCUUUUCAACAGCUUCUGCCAGAAUUUUCUUCACAGGAGGGGAGUCAGGGUGCUGACCUACCAAGCAUCCUUAGCAUUGAAGCAAGAGAUUCUUCCCAAGGCAUGGAAAAUCAGAACCAUUACUCCGACGAAUACACUGAAGUAUCACAGAAUGAGAAAAAAAGUGUUCAUUUCCAGCUCUCGGUGGGAACCUUAAGCUCAGUCUGCAGUUCAUCUUAUGAGGCUAAUGUGUUUGAUCACUGUGUACAACAUAGCACUCCAUGUGGUUCUACAUCUAGUGAGUGCUCAGUAAAACCCCAAACAAACAGCAGAAAAGAAGGGCUGGACUUUAAAGAACUAUCAAAAAAAGAAGUUGUCACAAUGUUACAAAGUCAAGGACUCAUUGAAGAGGAUAAAAAUGAAUUCUCUAGGGUUUUAGACAUAAAUCCACAGGUAGAAGAAACUGACUCUCAAUUAUGUAUAAGAACAAUGGAGAUGGGAACGUCAAUUCAAACACCACGUUCAUUAACUACUCAAAAUCAAAAAUAUUUUGAGAAUCCAACUGAAGUGGACACUCCAAAAAUCAUAAAAAACCUAUCUCAACUAGCACAAUCAGAACCUUCUGUAAGCUCUGGAUCAUUUUCAUUACAGAGCUCUGUUCCAAUCUGGGAGACAGAAUCUGGCCAUGGUAUAAUGGAAGAACCAGAACUUACUUUAAUAAGCACCAGUGAUAUCAGUAUUCUUGAAACGGAGUUUGCAAACUUAACACUAAGAGAAGAGAAUGAGGCAAAAACCUGUUUUCAGGUAAGCUUCAUAGCUUUUGUAGAUGAACCAGAAACCUCAGAUUACCUAGCUGUAUCAGAGCUCUCUAUGGAAAAGCCAAUGUUGUCUACAGAAACCCUUCCAAAUUUUAAACCUAAACCAGAGAGCUUACAAGAAGCAUUUCUAAAAAGAAAAAAAUCAUUUGUGGAGAAAUCCUACCAGAGGCAGAAAGAAAUAAGAAAUAAAACUCGUGUCUCUGAAAAUUCUCAAAUGAAAAUAGUUAAGAAGAAACCAUCUAUGAGUUCAUCUGUGAGUCACCUGAAGGGUGUGAAUAGAGCAUCUUUCCCUGAAGACAGAAAGACUACACAAGCCUUCACGCACCAAAGGUCUCUAAGACUGCACAAUCAGCUAGCUGAAGUGAAACAAAAGGAAGAGAAGGCAAAACAAGAAGCUUAUGCCCAAAACAGAGCACGAGCAAAAGAAUUUCAUAAGAAAACACUGGAUAAACUCCGAGCCAAAAAUAUAUGUUGACUUUCUACAAACAGUGCAGAGUUUUAUUGUCUGUAUAACAUUAAAAAAAUCUUUUUUAUAUAAAUAACUUUAAAA